AUGGCUGAGCUUCCGCUGAAUGUGCACCUCACCUCGCACCCCAUCUUACUGAGGAUCCAUGGGCCCUCGGUGUACAAGGAUGAGAAGCAGUGUACGUGGCUGCAUCUCGUCAUGGAGACAGGAGGUGUCCUGCAAGUACGGUUGUGCCAGGAAGUCAUCCCCAGUGGGCAUAUCGCACUCAUCAGCAGCCCCGAGAUUUCGGGCACCAUACCUUCGAUGUGGUCGCUCCAGUUUGGCAGCCGGUACCAGGACUCCAUGGGCCUGUUCUGGCGCAUUGUGCACCACGUCAAUGAGAAUGGCAUGGAGGAAAUGAUCCUUGAGCUGAUGGACGACUCCUAG